GCUCCGCGCAGCUCUGGUGGCGUGGUGACGCUGUGGGUGCUGAACGAUGGUGGGAGGACACCAGCGUCCCCCAGCAGUGGACUUGAUCCCUGCUAUCUGAGUGGAGGACCACAGUAGGCCACUAGAGGAGGAGAAUCAAGAUGCCCCAGUUGACAGUUAGGUGACGCUCUGAAGCUCAUCUGCCUCUUAAACCAUCAGGUCUAGGUGGCUGUGCUGUAGACUCUGUUGCCCUGUGACGUGCUGGUGCGGGGAGUUCCAUAGGGAGGACGCUCGAUGUCCUGGAAGCCAGAAAUGGGGUUGGUGUCAUUUGAGGAUAUAGCUGUGGAAUUCACCUGGCAGGAAUGGCAGGACCUGAAUGAAGGUCAGAGAACUCUCUACAGGGAUGUGAUGCUGGAGAACUAUAGCAACUUGCUGUUCUUGGGGCACUGUAAGACCAAACCUGAGCUGAUCUUCAAUUUGGAGCAAAGACUUGGGUCAUGGAUUGUAGAAGCCUCACACCAGAGCAUCCCAGAUUUCCAAAAAGUGAAUACCCUAAACGAGACCAGUCCAGAAACCAAAGCGCGACAUGUGUGUCAAGUUCCUCUCAACAGUGAUACGUCAGAGGAGUUGGCUGGAAUAGGGAAUACUUGCACUGUGAGCACAAACUGCUUUUCAAAUCAGACUGUAAAGAGUGAGGACUCACUAGGAAUGAGUCCUAGAAAGUUUACUCUGUGGAAGGAUGUGUAUCUUCAUAACGAUGUUGAUGAGGUAGAAGUUGGAGAAGAACCCGAUGAUCUUAAUGGAACUGUAAAAUCUGUCAGACAUCCAGAGCGUGUUAGUCUAUACAGGUUUCAAAGUUCACAAGGUUACUUUCAGAGUCUUAUACCAGGGAAAUCCUUCAACACAAAAGCAGUAUUACUUACCCAUAAGUUCAAUGAAUAUGCAAAAUCCUUAGUUGACACAGCAUUUAUUGGCAAAGAGAUGGCUCAGAUAAGGGUGAAAUCAUUUGAAUGUAAUGUAUCCGAGAUAAAGUGUAACAAGUCUGACCUUAAUGAAAAUGACCCAGUGCACGAGGGAGAGAAACAUUACAAAUGUAGUGACUUUGAGAAUCCUUUUAUUAUUGAAUCAUACCUCCCAAAACAUAAGGGACAGCAUGAAAAGCUCUUUGUCCAGAAGGGAUAUGAGUUUUCUCAGCAGUCAGAAGUGAGUCUUCAUCAGAAAAUCCGCAGAGGGAAAAAGACCUAUGAAUGUAAAAUAUGUGGCAAGUGCUUUUAUUGGAAAACGAGCUUCAAUAGACAUCAGAGCACUCACACUGGUGAGAAGCCCUAUGAAUGUACAGAAUGCAGUAAAGCUUUCUGCCAAAAGUCACAUCUCACUCAGCAUCAGAGAGUGCAUACAGGUGAGAGACCAUAUAUAUGUUUUGAAUGCAGGAAAGCUUUCUAUCGUAAAUCAGAGCUUACUGACCAUCAGAGAAUUCAUACAGGUGAGAAGCCAUAUGAAUGUAAGGAAUGUGGGAAAGCUUUUUGCCAAAAGCCCCAACUUACUCUACAUCAGAGAAUUCAUACAGGUGAGAAGCCCUAUGAGUGUGCAGAAUGUGGGAAAGCCUUCUCCACCAAGUCCUACUUAACUGUACAUCAGAGAACUCACACAGGUGAGAAACCUUACGAAUGUACAGUAUGUAGGAAGUCAUUUAUCUGUAAGUCAAGUUUCAGCCAUCAUUGGAGAACUCAUACAGGUGAAAAACCUUAUGAAUGUAAGCAGUGUAUGAAGACCUUCUACCGUAAGUCAGGCCUGACUCGACACCAGAGAACUCACACAGGUGACAAACGCUAUGAAUGUCAAUUAUGUCAGAAAGCUUUUUACUGCACUUCACACCUCAUUGUACAUCAGCGAACUCAUACAGGUGAGAAACCUUAUGAAUGUAAGGAGUGUAGGAAAGCUUUCUACGAUAAGUCAAAUCUUAAACGGCAUCAGAAGAUUCAUACUGCGAAGAAGGCCUCUGAAUGCAAACAAUCUAACAAAUUUUUUCUGAGUAAUACUUCUCAACAUCAGACAAUGUAUUAUGAAUAUUGAGAAGGCAAGAAAGCUUUUCACCAAAAACCAAACUUUAUUUAAACAUUCAACACUCUUCUUACAGGUAAGGAAACCCUGUGAUUGGAAAGUACUUAUCCAAAAGUCAGCUCUUACUGUACAUUGGACCACUUAUACAAGGGAUUAAAUCAAAUGAAUAAACAGUGAAGGAAACCUUUGACUCUUGUUUAUUAAAGAACUUUGACUGUGGCAAAUAAUUUAGCCAGUACAUUAACCCAACAUAAGACAGAUAUUUAUGGUGGAGGAUCACUUGCACUCAGGCAAUAGAGGAAGACACCAUGACUUAAAAGAAAAUAGGGCAAAGUUUUCCACUUGACAUUCUGACAUACUACCACACCCCAGUGGUGUGAAAAUGAAAGGGAGGAAUGCCCCAAACUCUGAAUAGAAUUUGGAACUCAUUGCUGGGUGUUUUGAGACGUUCCUGUAAUCUCAAUAUUUGGCAGGUUGAAGAAAGGAGUUUAGGAAUUGUAGUCUAACCUUUGCUACAAAGCAGUUUCAAAUCCAGCCUGGGUUACAUGAGAACUUUAAAAAAAAAUGACAAUUACAAUACAAGAAUGAGCCUCUAAACUUCGCAAACCAUAUAAAGGGGAUAAAGGACAAUACAGCUCGGGGUAAUUGUUGCUAUACCAUACUUCCAUUUGAACCAGAGAUGCUAUAGGAGUCCUGUCUGCGUUAGUUCUGUAGAAACUUGUGGAACUUUGUGGAAAUUACAUGACACUGAGCAUCACUUAUAAAAGCGAGCGCACUUGAAUUUCGGCACUUAGGGCAGUGACAGUGUUUGGCUGCUAUUGGUGUAAUCUGUCUUUAAAUUACAUCUGUUAUCACCUUACAGGCUUUAUUAUAUUUAUUUAUCUGGGCAUGCACUCCAUAGCAUAUCAAAGUCGGGACAAACCCCAAAGUCAUUUCCCUUCUACCUGGUGGAUUCUUAGUAUCAAACUCAGGUUAUCAGGCUUUGUAGAAAACAUCUUUACUCUUUGAGCCAUGUCUCCUGCUCCUGUAUUUAUACUCAACUAUAGUAUGAAUUAAAAGCAAUUCUGGAGUUAACUUCAGCUAGUCCAGAAUGCUUUACUGGGAAGGACAUUUUUUAAAAUCACUUUUAGUAUAGUCUCCCUAACUUCAGUUUGGAGAUAAGGUCUUGGUACAAAUACCCUGACUGAUAGCAAAGUCCUGCUUAUCUUGCCUUAGUCUUGUGAGUGCUUAGAUUAAAUGUUAUGUGCCACUGUGCCCAGCCAUAAAAUUUUGAGGCAUAAAAAAAUUAAUGAAAAUUUCUUGAGUUAUUAGGUGCUGUGUUCAUGUUCUAAAUACCCAUCACUGUGUUUAAAAAAUCAAGCGAAUGAAAGAUUUGACUUGACAGCACAGUGAAAGGAUGGCAGAUCUGUCGACAUCAAGAGAAAUGAUUGUAAUGUGGAAUUCAGUUUGCCAUAUCAGAUACCCACAUCUUGGUCAUCACAGACAAGCAGAAGGCAGGGAAGCUGAAGAAGAUAAUGGAAGAGGUGAAAUAAAACAUACUCUCAUUUGGGUUGUAUUAAAAUCCUAAAAUGUAAAGACAUUCUGAUCAUGUUAUUUGGGUGUUAAUUGGAAAUAAUAAAUGAUUUAAAAAUACUAUUUCAGGUUGUAUUCAGUUGUGUACAAACAAGCAGGAUGGUCAUUCCCAGUCAGCAUAAAUUGACCUCCAAUCUGGGGCAUUUGUGGUUGACGUGAAUGAAAGUUGGUAGUUAUACUGAAAUCUAGUGGACAAGGUUGAACCGAUUUCAUAAUAUAAGUACAUUCUGUAUUAUAUAGUUUUAGAAAUCUGAAUGAAGGCACUCAGCUUAAGUACAGAAAAUUUGUUAAAUAUGUAAUGUAACAAAUACAUUGAGAGACUCGAGGUAGGGUACAUGGCCUUUUAUGUAUGUAGUUCUCACUGCAAUUUCAGAUUUACUAAAUUACUGUGGUUAUAUUAUUUAACUUGGUAUUGCUGUGGCCAACUAUCUGACAGAUCCAAUUUAAGGGUGUAAAUAUUUAUUUUAGGCCAUAAUUUCAAAUAGUAGUUACUUGACCCCCUUACCAUGGGUAGUUCAUGGUUUGCAAAAGGGUUAGCAAGCACUUUUUAACAUUAAAACAAAUAGGAAACAGCAAAGGAGUGGGUGAAUACUAGGUUUACUCUGUAAUGAUAUACAACAGCAAUGUAUAUUAAAAACAAAUAUAUACCCCUUCCUCCCAAAAAACAGACAAAAGGUCUUCCUGAAUUUUAUUUCACCUCCUAAAGUAUUGCCACUAUCCAAGAAUCAAGCAUCCAAUACACAAGCCUUUGGGAACAUUUCAGAUUCAAAUCAAUAUAUACAGUUUCACAUGAAACAACUAACCUUUUAAUAUUCUGUUAAAUAUAUCAUGUUCAUAUAGAGUUGUAUGGGUAUUUUUAUAAAACUAUUCAGACUAAAACUGACAAGCUAUCCCCUGCCCCAAAGUGGGUGAUUGAUAAUGUAUUUUCAAAGUUUAAUCAACAUAGAACUUGUAAUUCUAAUAUAAAUUCAUGUUGAAAUGCAGAUCCUGGUAUACAGUUAUUCAUAGUUGACAUCUGAAUUAAAGCAUUUUUGGUAAACAA